AUGCAGUGUUCCUGGAAGUUCAUGGUCCUGCUAGCAGUAGCCUCCAUAGCCAUCCAGUACACGGCCAUCCGCACCUUCUCCACCAGCCGCUUAGGCCUGCUGUGCUUGGUGGGCUUGGCGCCCACAGGCCACGCUGUCAACUGCAGCCCCAAAGACCUGGCACAAGUGACCUCGGAGACCCUUGAGGGCUACGGCUGUGAUGACAUUUUCUCCCACACCUCCUCCUCCUUCCCUCUCCACACUUUCGAUGCCAAAAACAGAACCCACAUCCUCAUUCUGGCCACCACACGGAGCGGAUCCUCAUUUGUGGGUCAGCUGUUCAACCAGCACCCAGAGGUCUUCUACCUGUUUGAACCUUUGUACCAUGUCCAGUUGGCACUGCUUCCUCGGCUGACGCAGAGUCGAAACCUGACUGAAAGGAGGGCGAUGCUGGGAGCUGCCAAAGACCUGUUGAGGUCACUGUACCACUGUCACCUUAACAGCCUGGAAAGUUACAUACAACCCCGUCCUGCUAAGCACUCCACUGAUAAGCUGUUCAGACGAGGAGCUAGCCGGUCUCUGUGCUCCCCCCCUGUGUGUGAGGCUUCCCUUGACCCAAAGGAGCAGAGCCUGGUGCUGGCUGAUGAGGGGGAAUGUGUGAGGAAGUGUGGGCCACUCAAUGUGUCACUAGCUGCCGAUGUCUGUAGAGCAAAGCGCCAUGCAGCCAUUAAGACAGUCCGGAUUCCACAAAUCACUGAUCUGAGAGCGCUGAUCGAGGACCCAAGACUCAACCUAAAGGUUGUCCAGCUUGUUCGAGAUCCACGUGGCAUCCUGGCAUCUCGUAUUGAGACAUUUCGAGACACUUACCGGCUGUGGCGUCUAUGGAGAGCAACUGGACGUCGACCCCACAACCUAGACCUAGGACAGAUCAACACAGUGUGUGAGGAUUUCCUCCGUUCUGUGUCAACAGGCCUGGCCAGACCCCCCUGGCUCAAAGGGAGGUACAUGCUGCUCAGGUAUGAAGACUUGGCCAGGUUUCCUCUAGAAAAGACCAGGGAGCUCUACAGCUUCCUUGGUCUGGUUCUGGAUCACAGUGUGGAAGACUGGAUCAUCAACAACACUCGUGGCAGCAGUGAUCCGUCAUCCCGGCAGAAGUUCACCACAGCUCGGGACUCUGCAGCGAAUGCAGAGAACUGGAGGGUGAAGUUGUCCUUCGACAUGGUGGUUUAUACCCAGACUGCCUGUCAGCCUCUUCUGGGGCUCCUUGGAUACAAGACAGUAUUCCACCCCAGAGAACUGAGAAACCUCUCACAGUCUUUAGUGGAGGACAGGAGGUUCCUCCCAUUUCAUUAA